CUUCAAAUCAGAUAAAAUGUCUAAUUUAGAGUUGUCAUCAAAAUUUUCUUCGCCUUGUGAAAAUAAAAGUGUAUCGCUGACUGGAAAAUUAAGUUUAACUAAAAAGAGCUCUAAAGGAGCCAUUGUUAACAGGGAAAAAAAAAAUUUUCAAGAAUUUUUGGCGAAGUACGAGUGCUACGCUAUAAUGCCCGUCAGUAGUAAAAUGGUUGUGUUUGACACCUCUUUACUUGUAAAUAGAGCUUUUUUUGCGCUUUUACAAAACGGAGUGAGAUCGGCGCCAGUUUGGGAUACAGAAUUACAAAAGUUUGUUGGAAUGGUAACCAUAACAGACUUUAUCAAUAUACUACUGAAGUAUUAUCGUACACCAAAUACAAGAAUGGACGAACUAGAAGACCAUAAAAUUCAAACAUGGCGAGUUCAUAUUGAACCCAAAGAUUCUCUUUUGAAAGCUGUAAGAUAUCUUUUGGAUAAUAAAAUUCACCGACUUCCAGUUAUCGAUCCUUCUACUGGAAAUGCUUUGUACAUAUUAACUCAUAAACGGAUCUUAUCUUUUAUACACCAAAAUUUUAAUUUAGAUGAUGUGAAGUGUCUGGAUUUUACUUUACAAGAGCUUGGCGUUGGAACACACGAAAAUAUCGCCACCGUCAAACCGAAUACACCUUUAAUAGAAGUUUUGAAUCUUUUUUCGAAAAGACGAAUCUCUGCGCUUCCUAUUGUAGACGAAAACAAUGUGGUUGUGAAUAUAUAUGCGAAGUGCGAUGUGAUUAAUCUUGCCAGGGAACGCGCUUAUAACAAUUUGAAUACUCCUGUUAGUGAAGCCUUGAAACACAGAGCCGACACUUUUGAAGGCGUGCACACGUGUAAACUGACAGAUUCCAUGCGAAGUAUAAUUAAUCAAAUUGUAAAAGCGCGUGUGCAUAGACUUAUUGUAGUUUGCGAUAACAAUACAGUCAUCAGCGUUGUUUCUCUUUCCGACGUUCUUUCUUUUUUGCUUAAUAACUAA